CACUGAGCUGGAGAAGUUGAGUGUGUGUAUAUAUAUGCAUGUGUGCGUGCGUGUGUGUGAGAGUGUGUGUGAGUGUGUGUGUGUAUGAAGGGGAGCGAGAGAGAGAGAAAGACAUCCAGCAGUCAGUGUAGAGUAAAGUGAGAUUCGAGGAUGGAUGCAAUACCGUGUUGUCUCGCUUUCCUCCUUCUGUUCUUUAACGCUUGGAUCCACCAAUCUGAAGCCUUACAGUGCUACUGUCACCGCUGCCCGAACUCGACGUGCAACACAGACGGCCUGUGCUACUUCGCCAUCACCAAGUCGGCCAGCGGGACUAAGAAGGAUAGCUGGUGUGUCAGCGACAAUGAGCUGAUCCCACGUGACCGGCCAUUCAUCUGCGCACCGUCCAGCAGGGACAAUACUGGGAUCUACCCCAUGUGCUGCAACACGGACUGGUGCAACAAGAACCCCGACAUCAAAGUACCAGAGCCACCAGAGAAGAACAACACGCUGGGUCCCGUGGCUCUAGCGGCUGUAAUCGCCGGGCCCGUGUGCCUGCUCUGCUUCGUGCUGGUCACCAUUUUCUACGUGUGCCACAGCCGCUCGGUCAUCCACCACCGCGUGCCUAACGAGGAAGACCCAUCCCUGGACCACCCGUUCAUCACCGUGGGCACCACACUCAAAGACCUCAUCUACGACAUGACUACAUCCGGAUCGGGUUCUGGUCUCCCGUUGCUGGUGCAGAGGACCAUUGCCAGGACCAUCAUCCUUCAGGAGAGCAUCGGGAAAGGUCGCUUCGGAGAGGUGUGGAGGGGGAAGUGGAGAGGAGAGGAAGUGGCCGUGAAGAUCUUCUCCUCUCGUGAGGAGCGCUCCUGGUUCCGUGAGGCUGAAAUCUAUCAGACGGUCAUGCUGCGUCACGAGAACAUCCUGGGCUUCAUCGCCGCCGAUAAUAAAGAUAAUGGGACUUGGACCCAGCUGUGGUUGGUGUCAGAUUACCACGAGCACGGCUCCCUGUUUGACUACUUGAACAGAUACACGGUGACCGUGGAGGGCAUGAUCAAGCUGUCCCUGUCCACCGCUAGCGGCCUGGCUCAUCUGCACAUGGAGAUCGUAGGAACACAAGGCAAACCGGCUAUCGCUCACAGAGAUCUGAAAUCCAAGAACAUUUUAGUGAAGAAGAACGGCACUUGCUGCAUCGCAGACCUGGGUUUGGCAGUGCGCCAUGACUCAGCCACAGACACCAUCGACAUCGCCCCCAACCACAGAGUGGGAACCAAAAGGUACAUGGCCCCUGAGGUCCUUGACGAUUCAAUAAAUAUGAAACAUUUCGAGUCAUUCAAGCGAGCAGAUAUCUACGCCAUGGGCUUAGUCUUCUGGGAAAUCGCGAGCAGAUGCUCGAUUGGAGGCAUUCAUGAAGACUACCAGUUGCCGUAUUACGAUCUGGUGCAGUCAGAUCCAUCAGUGGAGGAAAUGAGGAAGGUGGUGUGCGAGCAGAAAUUACGGCCCAACAUUCCCAACAGAUGGCAGAGCUGCGAGGCUCUGCGGGUGAUGGCGAAGAUCAUGCGAGAAUGCUGGUACGCCAAUGGAGCCGCCCGCCUCACCGCCCUGCGCAUCAAGAAGACUCUCUCUCAGCUCAGCCAGCAGGAGGGGAUUAAAAUGUAGGCCUGCGAGCUCUGGGAGAGCUACACACCUUGGCAUAUUAUUCAUUUUUGUUUCUUUGUUCGUUCGAUUUUUGUUCUUAAUAUCUGUUCAUUAUAAUGUUCACGCUCAUUCUUCUGAUUCUCCAUGAUUAUUGCAUUAAGACUUUGCGUCCUCCGUGCGCGAGGGAGAGGACGAGAGGGAGGACACGAGCACUAAGAAUGAAGGCUUGUUUGGAUUUUCCUUUAUUUUAUUUCCUUUAGCUUUGAAUGAUUGACUUUAGCAGUGAAGGUCAUUUUAAUGAUCAGGUACUUUUUAUUUUCCUGUUAGCGGCGGAGAGAUGAGAUUUGCUGGAGACGUUUAUCUCUAUAGUGAAUUUGCACCUUGUGUUUUCUCUCUUUCCUCAACACUUGUUUUUAUUUUCUAACUUAUUUUUUGCUUCUUCUUCUUCUUCUUCUUUCUUUCUUUCUUUUUUUUUCCAAACAAACUGGACAUGACCUCAUUCAGUCUUGGCAAACAUGCUGCAACAUAUGCAAUAUAGAGAAAUCCUAUCCUAUAUUUUAUAUCUUGAUAUGUUCUGUUACUACGGCAACAGUUACAACAGCUUCAACAGCUACAAUGGCAUCCGUGCCCUCCAAGCCAGGUGUUACCGGAAAGUGCCACUGCUUUAAACCAACGUUCCCUCAUGCUGUGGCUCGGCCCCUUCACCUUUCGCUGUCCGACUAAAAGAAAGAAAGAAAGCAAGACCGAGCGCCACCUUCGUCCAGGCUCGCGGACGAGUCUGUCAUGGAGUCAGUCUUUAUUAUGCACACGCAGCGAACGUUAGCAAGGGGCCACCACACACAACUUGCUGGUGCCAUUUCUUCAGUUUUACAUCAUCUAUCUCCUUUUCAUGAUCAUCUUCAACGCACACAGAGGGACGUUUCAGCUCAGACCUCAGUUCAUCCCCCGUGUUGCUGAGGAUCGACUGUCGCAUCUUCGCUCCUCCCUGACACAAUGAUCUGGACAGAGGAUGCUCUCAGACCUGGCCGUGUCGGGCCUUUUGUCGUCGUCGUCGUCCCUUCCCCUCAAACGCACUCUCUAUAGCUCCUAACUGGCACACAGAUUCGGAUAAACUGAGCUACUCUCACAGACUGGCGCUUAAUGCAGAAGACAAAAAUGAAAAAUAAUAAAAAAUAAAAAAAAUAAAGAAAUGGAUUUUAAAAAAAAAAACCCUACAAGCAGUAUGACUGAAUAAAAACAUUGAAGCCGAUCACAUCAGCAUUACUCAAGUUGCCGUGUAAAAAUGGUCUUUCUCAAAAAAAAAAAAAAAAAUGGUCUAUGGUACUCUCUGUUUUCAGUGUUGCAAAGAUGAUGGGAUAUAUUCAUUUAUCUAUAGAGCAAAUAGAUCUUUACUAAGCCAUAGAUUUUCCAACAUUUUAUGGCAACUCUUUGUGUGUGUGUGUAGAAUGUAAAGUUUAAGAAAAAAAAUAAUCCUGUUGACUGCUUCAGAUCUCCAUUGAGCAAGCCUUAAGGGACCAACAGCAGUGGUUGUUCCUGUUUCGUUGAGGAAAGAAGAGCGGUGAUGUUUUUACCGUAGGGUUAAUGUUCUGUUGAAUUGCGAGGAUUCAAUGUAGCAACAAAUCUAGCAGUUUUCUUCGUGGUAUCUGAAGAAGGACGUCGUCUUUGCCACACGAAUAAGCUGACAGUCAGAGACACAAAGCUAAAUGCGAUCACGUUCUGUAGGAAAACUUUCAGUGGCUCGGUGAGGAGCUGGCGUAAAAUUUGAUUCUUUUCCCGGAACUUUACGAUCGCCAUUUUUUUACUACACGUCCCUUUAUAGCUACCUUUCAUGUUCUAACAAGUUUUUGUCGGAAGCUCCUUGUCUUGGAGUCUCCUUCCUUAAAAAAAUAAAAGCUAAGUAAACACACACUUUUCCAUUUAUAUGAAUCACCCAUCAUACCAGUCACUGUAUAAACGUGUUAAGACAAGCAUGUUAACUGUGCAGCCAGCUCUCUUGUUAUAGAAACUAAAUUCAGCAGUGCUGUGAUUUAAUCUGAAUUAAAUCCAGUUAUUGGGAUGACCGUGUAAUGUCCGCUUUCUCUUUAAGCAUCCUGUUUAAGGCUGGAUCGUUGCCGGAUGAAGCAUGGUACUCGCAUGCUCUUUUUAUCCCCCACACACACACACACACACACACACUUUAAACUGAAGCAUAAUUAGCAACCAGUGGCCAACAUGGCCUGUGAAUAGCAUGGCAUGUUUACAGUGCAUUCCUGUGCUAUGAUUAUACUGAUUAGACACGAGCUUUUCUACCCUACAGCCAAAACAAUGGGGAGGGGGAGCGAGAGGGAGAGAGAGAGAAAUAAUCUUUCAUUAGACAAAACACACACUGCAUGUUUAUUAGUGUGGCAAAUGGAUGUUCAUUUGUGUUGCCUUUUAUUUCCCUGAUUGAUUGUGUCUUAAGGCAAAAUUGCUGCAUUUUCUGCCUCUGUAUAGGAGCAAAAAAAGGAUUUCAGUUCUCACAAUGAUUCGGUCAUUUAGUUUGCAAAAUUUGAAAAGGAUAGCAUUCAGCCCACUCCUGAAGUGUUUGUCGUUCCACAGAGCUUUUUAAAAUAUAUCUAGGACAACCUUUCAAGUGUUGAAUUGCAAUUUGGACAAAAACAUGCUUUCACCAGGUAGUACCCUUGAUAUUUAUUUUCUUCUUUUUGUCGCUCUUCUCACCUCAGGUUUUGCUCAAUUUGGUUAUUUGCACAUGUGCUCUAGCACAUCAGAUACGUAUGAAAUAUCAGUCCGCUGGUUUUUAGACAAAAGUAUGACAACAUUUUUUUUUUUUUUUUUUUUUGGAUACUGGCAUACAUGCAAUGGAUUUGAUGUCAUUUAAAAAAUAAUGACAAGACUCUGACUUCCCUUUUCUGCUCCAGUACAGCGAUCGGUCACUUUUUUUUUGUUUGUUUCACCCUUUCCGAAAACAAUUCCUGUUAUAUGCUGAGAAACGUCCUGAGUGAAGUAAAUGUAUGAUGGAGGAAGUGUGUAUAAAUAUGUACAUUGUAAAUAAGUAUCUAAGUGUAUGUAACUUGUCUGUCAGCUUGGUGGCCCUGUGGCACGUACAACUGGUCAAAAGAGUCCGUGUGAACCCCCAGGAUGGUCAGGGAAUAGAGCACAUCCCCUCCAGAGAGGGUGUUGUAUCAUACAGUCUAAAAGGGAAGAAAAUGAGAUUUGGGUCAUUUAUUAUUGCUAAGGUCCAUCGAAGGCGAGUGUAAUCAUCCUUUCUGGGAAAUCGAUUUCAUCGUGCCACCGCAGAUGUUUUUUCGUCCGACACAUUUCUGUCUUAAAUCACCAGCAGCCUUUUUUUCUUUACGGAUUCAGCAGUGACCUAUUUUGACGCGAAAACAUGCAUAUCCAGGUAUUUUCUCACAGUGACAUGCAGGUAUCCUCCUGGCCUUGACAGGUCAAACCACACCAGCUAUGACUUUUAACAGGAAAUCCAUACCGCUGCACCUCUGGUUCCAUGCGAGCGGGUGAGAGCGAGAGGACUCUCCCUGUAACACUCGCUCCCUCACUGCAUAGCGUCUUGUUGUAGCUAGGAGAUUUAUUCAUAUCAUUUAGCGCGGCGUUACGAACAGUAGGAAAGCACGGGCUGUCGGGCUCCUCGACCUCUCUCCCGCUCUUCUGCUCUCGAUGUCACUUACUUCUGUGCCUCCGAACCCAUCUGCACCCUUGAACAUGGGCGGGGAUCCACUCAUCCCGGGUGAUUUUAACCGACAGUGUUUUCAUUAGGGGUCCUGUUACAUGGCCCAGACUCCUGCACAACCGUCUGCUGUUCAGUUGCUGUGUGUUUUUGCUUUUUUAUGGUGCAUUAUGCAGCUUUUUCAUGCAACCAUGCACAGAUAUUUGCACAAAAGACUAACUCAGUUUAAUUCAUGCCUUUUUUUUUUUUCUUUUUUCUAAGUAGAAUAAUUCUGGAAAGGUAGAUAUCUCUCCCGAAUGCAGCAGACGUGAGCGUAAACUUUGAGGAAAAACUCCACAUUCCUAUCAAUUGGUGUGUCCCCAAUUAGAGCACGACUCGCUGAGCAGUUUCAAUAAAGGUCACGCCCGUGUUGAAGAGGGCGGGUUAGUGCGUUAUGCAAAUGUGUACGGCGACACGGUCCUCAGGCUUUCUACUGGCGUUUGCCAGGUUAUUUAUUUACAGUUCGAUUCUUUAUCUAUGCCAACAUCCGGACACUGUGAGAAAGAUCCUGGAGGGACGGUGGCCCGGUAGCACCAAAAAUCACGUGGGUAGGUAAUGAAACGGUGCAGCAGGGGUUUUUGAUUUAAAGGGAAACAGACCGCCAUGGAGAAAGCAGGAGUCUGGGUCAUUAAAGGACUGCGGAGCCAACCAAGGUGCUUUUCAUUUUGUGUGUGUGCGCGCGUGUGUGUGUGUGCGCGUGUGUGUGUGUGUGUGCGUACAUUAUGGAAAGGAAGAAGAAAGCUUUAUCAAGUUUUUAUUUGGUGCCUAAGUUUGACUAUAUUGUGUUUUGUAUUCCAUAUAGAAUGAUGCACUGCAUGUGACUGAUUUCUAAUGUUUGCAUCGUUUUGGUUUUUAAGGAAAUUCUUAAAAGAAGAAAAAAAUGGUGAAAGGCUUAAUUAGUUUAAAAAAAAGAAAAAAAAAGGUCAGAAAGUAAUCCAGAGGAAAAAAAAAAAAAAUACCUCCUUCAAAGACCAAUGUAUUUUUACCUCAGUGUAUAUAUUCUAUUUGUUUACUUCAAGUUUGCAAAUUUGUUUCUAUGAAAUGCUAAAUUGAAGAAUUCACAUUUUGUGUCAGUGGUACUUUGGCAUUGUGUUGUUCUUGUGUCUAAAUGAACUGUUUUGUUUUUGUUUUCUUUUCUUUCUUUUUUUUUUUUUGUUGAACCAUCAUCUGUACUUUAUUUCUCGUUCUGUUCUGUCCUUUAGUUCUGAAGUGCUUUACAGACAUCAGACCAUGUAUUUUAAUGCCUCUUUCUGAACUGUGUAGAAAAUGCAUUAUGGGCCUUUUUUGUAUUUAAAAAAAAAAAAAAAAAAAAAUGUCCGAGUCCGAGCUGGUCAGUAGUGGACGGUGGCGGAGAGAGUGGCCCACUUGAUUUUUAAAGCAUUAUUUAUAGACUUUUUAUAGUGUGUACAGAAGUACAAGCAACAUAGGAACGUAGGGGGAGUGACGCUGAUGUGCCAUUCUAACAUAGUGGAUUAGUAAUGGGUGUGAAUUAAAAACAAAAAGUUCAAAUUUC